AUGAAUGAUAUUGGCUGCACCCCCGAGUGGAAAUUGAAGGGUGCAGUAUCUCUACUUCCCGAUGAGGCGUACCAAUGGUGGUUAUCAGUUGAGGAGGGUACUCAGCCAGAUCGGGUUAAUUGGCAAUAUUUUAAGACUACCUUCCAAAGGAAAUAUGUAAGGACGAGUUAUGUGGAUGCUCGCAGACACGAGUUCAUGAACCUCACUAAGGGGGAUAAUACUGUGGCCGAGUAUGAGGCUGAAUUUCUUAGAUUGAGCCGUUACACUGAUGGGAUGGUGGCAUCUGAGUAUGAGAAAUGUGUUCAUUUUGAAGAUGGUCUAAGAGACAGUUUGAGAGUACUGAUAGCUCAUCAAAGGGAGCAUGAGUUCGUCAUUUUGGUGGAUAAGGCAAAAAUCACCGAAGAGGUUAAGCGCAUUGAGAACCAUAAUAGAGACCGAGAGAGAGGUAAGACUAAGAGGAAUUUAGAGCGCUCUAAUUCUACUCAGAGGCCUAAGAAGUAG